AUGGGCCCCUGUACCGCCUCCUCAUGCUGCUGCCAGGCCCGUAAUCUGCCAUGGGCCCCCGUACCGCCUCCUCAUGCUGCUGCCAGGCCCGUAAUCUGCCAUGGGCCCCUGUACCGCCUCCUAAUGCUGCUGCCAGGUCCAGAGUGUGUCAUGGGUCCCUGUACGGCGGCUCCCAUUGCUGCUGUCUCCAUCGCCACACUCUGCCAUGUGCCACUUUCAGGUCUCCUCACACUGCUGGUGGGUUCCAUUUUUGUCAUAGGGUGCUGUAUGGCCUCCCAUUGCUGCUGCCUCCACCGCCACACUGUGGCUCCACACUCUGGUUUUGGCCCCGUGACUGCCCAAAUGAGUGAAGUGUGCGGUGAUUCUAAGAUCGACGGCACUCAUCUGCAUGUCAUACUGACUGACAGUAUUAUUUCUCUUCCCCAGCAGACUCCAAGGGCAUUUAAAUUAAAGGUACAGUGUUCUGCACUAAUAUGA